AUGGUGCUGGGACUUGGCAGAGUGAGUGGCGUGGCUUUCAUUCGCCCAACCAGUCACCAGGGCGGCAGCGUUGCGGCGGCCCGUUUCCCAUUUAAUUACGUAUGUUGUAGGGCUUCAGCACAGGAAUCUAGAAGGGUAUUUGUACUUGGUACCUAUGGAGAACAGUAUGGAGGCGGAUUCGACUAUCAGAGGGGCUAUGCUCAACCUCCAUACCCCAGCCACGUGACUUCUCAUCCAGCUUACAAUGCCCCUUAUGGUUACCUUCAACCUGCAGGCAGAACUAACCAAUAUGGUAUGGCUCAAUAUGGGUACAAUGGCUACAGAGGGCAUCAACAAACGUACGGCACAUACAACGCUGGUGGAUACAGUGCUCAACCACCCUUCAAGCUGCCGAACGUUGACUGGAAUGGAAAGCAACUGGUCGAAAUAAAGAAGGAUUUUUACGAUUUGAGCCCGGAAGCCAAUAAUCGCCCGGGCGACGAGAUAGAAGCCAUAUUAGCACGCCACCGAAUAAUAAUAGAUGGGGAGACUCCGCUUCCGAAACCCGUGAAUACAUUUGAUGAGGCUGUUUUCAACGAUGCGAUACAGCGUAUAAUUAAACAAAUGGGUUUCGUGGAGCCCACUCCCAUACAAAAAGUUGGUUGGACGUCUUGCCUAACAGGUCGUGAUGUAGUGGGAGUAAGCCAGACUGGUUCGGGAAAGACGUUGGCAUUUCUGCUUCCCGGCUUGCUACACCUUUUGGCGCAACCACCAGUGUCACCGGGAAUGGGUCCAGUUAUUUUGGUGCUUGCGCCGACGCGAGAGUUAUGCCAACAAACUUACGCGGAGGCUCUGCGGUUCAUGCGAGUGAUGAACCUAAGGGGCGCCAUAUUAUACGGAGGGGUAUCCAAGGCCCAGCAACAACAGCAACUAGUCGGUGGAGUUGAUAUAAUGGUGGCUACACCCGGCAGACUCCUCGACUGUCUCUCAAACGGCAUUCUGAAGUUAGAUCGAGUGAGCUACUUCGUGCUGGACGAAGCUGAUCGCAUGCUCGACCUGGGUUUCGAACCCCAAAUCAGGAUGAUAUCGUCGCAGGUGAGGCCUGACAGACAGACUCUACUCUUCUCCGCUACUUGGCCCUCAUCAAUACGUCGGCUAGCGUCUGAGUUUUGCAAGAGCAAUUGCAUUUACAUCCAAGUGGGAGACCGGGAGCUGACAGCCAACGCGAAUAUCAAUCAACAGGUCAAAAUUCUACGGUCAGAUGAGACAUUCCCGCACUUGUGCACCUUUUUGACUGGCGAAGCGUACAACAAGAAGGUGCUGAUUUUCGUGGAGUCACGUGUCGGGGCCGACACCUUGGUGCGCGAUCUUAGUCGCCGAGGCCUUAAUGCACUCUCCCUCCACGGCAACAAAACACAGAUCCAGAGAGAUCACACAAUUCGCCAGUUUCGCAGUGGCGCUGUCAACAUAAUGGUAGCCACCGAUGUUGCGUCUAGGGGUUUGGAUAUUAAAGACAUUGACUACGUUGUCAACGUGGACGUACCGCGCACGAUCGAGGACUACAUUCACAGGCACGUUUGUACAUAG